AUGCCACAAUUUAGAGCUUUAGCAGUUGAAAGAGUUGAACAAGCACAGAAAAAAGAACUCUUUAUUAUUCACAGAGUAUUACCAAAAGAAGUUUAUAAGCUUCAUAUAUAUCAUCAAGAGAAAGAUCAUUAA